UUACAAUGAGUAGUCUCCAUUUGAACGGGGAUGUCUCCGACCAGGCGCUUAGUUCUCGGGCAUAUAAAUGUCCUGAUGACCCCAAUCGAUCUUGUUUCUUUAUUAUUCAGGGUCGUUGGCUGUUUCUUUCCUGACUAAAUUCACUCCUUCAUUCGCACUUUACAGUGCUUUGCAAUAUAUUCAACCCCUCUGAUCAUUACACUCCUUCAUAGCUUGACCCUGCGUCUUACCAUGCAUUUUUCCAAGCUCUCUCUCCUUUUUGGCCUCGCAGGCUCGCUGGCCAAUGCUGCAGCUCUUCCCUCAGCUCGUUCAGAUGUUGAAGAGAGAUCUAGCAGCUAUCGAUCUGUGGCAUACUUUGUGGAUUGGGCCAUAUACGGACGCAAUUUUCACGUACAAAACCUGGCUGGUGUCGCCUCUUCCCUCACUCACGUGCUGUACUCCUUUGCCGAUGUUCACCCUGACACUGGUGAGGUGUUCCUCACCGAUUCCUGGGCAGAUAUCCAGAAGCACUACGAUGGAGACUCCUGGGAUGAAACUGGAAACAAUGUCUACGGAUGCAUCAAGCAGCUUUACCUGUUGAAGAAGGCAAAUCGCAACCUCAAGUCUUUACUUUCAAUUGGCGGCUGGACCUACUCGGCCCAUUUCAGUGGCGCUGCUGGCUCUGACGCUAACCGUGCUGCUUUUGUCACCUCUGCAGUCGGUUUUGUUAGAGAUCUUGGUUUAGAUGGUAUUGAUAUUGAUUGGGAGUAUCCUGCUAAUAGUAAUGAAGCGAAUAACUUUGUUUCAUUGCUGAAGGCGCUCCGUCAGGGAUUAGAUGACUAUGCUGCCAAGUAUACUCCCGGCCAACACUACCUGAUCAGUGCAGCCGUGCCUGCUGGACCGUCUAACUAUGAGAAGCUGCAUAUUUCCGACAUGGAUAAGUACUUGGAUAUGUGGAACUUGAUGGCCUAUGACUACAGCGGCUCCUGGGACACCAUAGCAGGUAUGGACGCCAACAUAUACAACUCCACUAAAUACGCCAACUCCACCCCGUUCAAUACCGACCAAGCCAUUUCGUACUACAUUGGCAACGGCGCCACCGCCAAUAAAAUAAACCUCGGAAUCCCGCUGUACGGUCGCUCUUUCACCCAGACCGACGGUCCUGGCACCAGCUUCAACGGCGUCGGAAGCGGUUCCUGGGAAAAUGGUGUCUGGGACUACAAGGCUCUCCCUCAAGCCGGUGCCAGCCUGUACUACGACAACUCGUCGGUUUCGGCAUGGACAUACGACAGCUCGCAACGCCUCAUGAUCAGUUAUGAUACCCCAGAUAUCGUGAAGACCAAGGGUCAAUACAUCAUCAGCAAGGGUCUGGGGGGCGGUAUGUACUGGGAGAGCAGCAGUGACAAGACUGGAUCUGAUAGUCUCAUUACCACGCUUGUCAACACCCUCGGCGGUACUAGCGCAUUGGAGCAGUCGCAGAACGAGCUCAGCUAUCCUGCAUCUCAGUACAACAACUUGAAGAACGGCAUGGCCUAGGCAUGACGAGCAGCUUUAUACUAUCAUUCUCAACGGUUUGUUAUUAGCCGACUCACUCUUUCCGCGAACGGCCUCUCAUUUACAGCUUUUUAUCAGUGAGCAACUUCUGAUCGUCCUGUGGAUAAUUUCCGAGUCUCUGGCUUCCUGGUAUCGCCGAGAGACUCAUAACCCUCAUUCAAUGAUAUGGGACCAAUUAGAUCAUAUUUUCAUGAACAAAGGGGGAUAUUACUGUAAAUAACUUACAUUCGCU